AGAAGAUAUAUCUAUAAAAUCAUUUUUAAAGAAUAUGUUAAAUUUAAAUUUAAUAAGUUAUGAGAAUAUAUUAAAUAUAUUUUUAUAUACAUUUUAUUAUUUAAGAAGAAAUGAUGAUUUAUUUGUACAUUAUACAAAUAUAUAUAUAAAGAAAUAUAUUAACUUAUUAAAUAUUAUGACAUUUUUUGUAGAGUUUAUAAAACAUAUGAAUAAAUAUUUGUAUAUACAAUUUUUAUUUCAUUUCAAUUUAGCUACUUUAAAAUUAAUGAAUUUUUUGAAUUUGAAGAUAAUAAAUAUAAUAAAAAAAUAUAGUCAUGUAAAAGAUUUAAAUGAAAAAUAUUUUAUAGAUUCUAAUGAUGUGGUGUCAGGAAGACAUAGUACCUUAUAUUAUUUUUAUUUCUUCGUUACACAUUACAAUAAUUAUUAUUUGAAUAAAUGUUUAACUAUCAUAGUGAAGGAUAUAUUACCACAGAAUCAUUUAAAUCGAAAAAUGGGUAAUUAUCAAUCUCAUUAUUAUGCGAAUAAUAAGCAUAUGUUAUAUAUGAAUACACACGAAAUUCAUAGUGCGCGUAUGGAAGAAUAUUCAA